AAAAAAAGGUCAACCUAAUUAAAGGUCCAUUUACUUACUGUUUUAGUAAUUGAUGAUGAAAUUAUAAGUUACAUGAAAACUUAUAGUAAUUUAAUCAUGUAUCAAAACACAAUAACUUUGAUAUAUGAAUAGUUAUAUGGAACCAAACUCUCAAAGAAUCUUUUGAUUAGAAUAUAACAUCCAAGAUUUUGGUUGUAUUCUUUAUUUGAUUUUAUUUGAUUUAAAAUUUCCCAUUUGCACCCUUACAAACUUUGCCCCUUGCUUGCCUUAUAAUCCAAAAAUAUUAAGAGGUGGGAAGAUCUUUGGAUGAAAUCUGGUCAGAUCUUGCUUUGUGGGUUGUGGAUUUUGGUGCCUCUUUCUUUCACAUAAAAACUUCAUCUUUUUUCCAUACCCAUCAUCCAAAAACCAUACUCCAAAAAUAUCCAUCUUUUUUUGGACAAUUUGCUCAUCUUGUUUAAAGUCUUGAAACUUGUUCAUCUUGUUUAGAAUCUUGGAUCUUGUUCAUAUGGGUGUUGCAGCAGAUUCACAGUUUCAUGUUCUUGCUGUUGAUGACAGCAUCAUUGACAGAAAACUGAUAGAAAGAUUGCUUAAAAACUCAUCUUAUCAAGUUACAACAGUUGAUUCUGGAAGUAAAGCCUUAGAAUUUCUGGGAUUGCAUGAAGAUAAUGAAAUAAAUUCAAAUCAACCAUCUGUGUCACCAAAUAUUAAUCAGGAAGUUGAAGUGAAUCUGAUAAUUACAGACUAUUGUAUGCCUGGAAUGACAGGCUAUGAUUUGCUCAAGAAAGUUAAGAAAUCUUCAUCUCUAAAGGACAUACCAGUAGUCAUUAUGUCAUCAGAGAAUGUUCCUUCAAGGAUUAGUAGAUGCUUAGAAGAAGGUGCAGAAGAAUUUUUCUUGAAACCAGUAAGAUUAUCAGAUGUAAGCAAAUUGAAACCUCAUAUGAUGAAAACCAAAAUCAAAGAUACUCAUCUUCAUCAACAACAACUUCAAGAACAUCAUAAACAAGAUCAAGAACAAGGAGAACUAAACGUAUUAGAAAUCCCGGAAGCCGAAUCACAACAACAAUCUAAUGGAAGCAAGAGAAAAUCCAUGGAAGAAGAAACUAUUACAAAACAAAACAAGACACAAAUCCAAUGGUGGCCAUACUGUAGAUUUGACUAAUUGCCAAAUAGUCUUUUUAUUUCAAUUUUGACUUUUUUUUUUCCUUCUUCUUGUUUCUAUGUUAAAUUACUCUUCCUCUGACCAUCUAUUUUUUUUACUUUUGUUUUACAAAAGGCGAUGUAAAAAAGACCACCGAUACAAUUAGAUCUCAAGAUUUAUACAUAGUUUUACUUGAACAUAAUGUAUAAGUCAACCUUUUAUAGAGUCAAAGUCAACUUGUUUA